AAUACUGGAAACUUGUGUCCGGUUGAUGUUUUCAAGGAAAUGGUGAUUUUAAAGUAAAUUCUCUAAAAAUGGAAAGUAUUACGAGUCCAGUUCCAUAUAUUGCAAAGCGAGAAUAUGGGUUAGUGUACGAUAUAAGGUCACAAUUGUUCAAAAAUCGAUUAAAUGCAGCGAAAAACUUAUUUCGUCGUGAUUUGGUGUGCCAUUUUGGAUGUGUAAAUGCUAUCGAGUUUUCAAGAAAUGGCGAAUUGCUUGUAUCAGGUGGCGAUGACAGGAGGGUCAUGCUAUGGCAAUUUGGGCAAGCUGUUAUGAACCAUGGAAAACCUGAGCCCAUGAAAGUUUUACACCAAUCAAAUAUAUUUUGUUUGGGAAUUACAUCAGAUAAUCAGAAAAUAUAUUCUGGUGGAAACGAUGAUAUUGUCAUUGUCCAUGAUGUGGAAUGCAAGUGUCCGAUGGAAAUACUGCAGCAUCAGAAGGCUGUUUGCAGUUUAAGUAUAGAUCCUUUCAAUGAGAGAGUUAUAUCGACAGCAGGCAAUGAUGGACGACUGCUGCUGUUUGAUACGAGGCAAUCUGUUCAUGAGUCGCUGGUAAUCUACCGAAGCAGAAAAGCUUUCCAUGGAGUUAUGUUUCAUCCGCACCAAGUGGGCAUCCUGGCGUCAGCUAAUGAGCGUGACGGGGUAGCAUUAUGGGACUUGCGGUCUCCUAAACACCCUGUGUUGCGAUACGUGGGUAAUAACGGUACGCACCAGAAUAGUAUGAGUGUGCGGUUCAACCAAGCGGGCACGCAUAUCUUCGCCCUGCGGCCGCGUAACAUGCCCGUUCUGUAUUCCGUGCAGUCACCAGAGCCCGUCACAGAGUUCUACCACCAGGACUAUUACAACUCGUGCACGAUGAAGAGCUGCUCGUUCGCCGGCAAGGAUGACCAGUUCGUGCUCUCCGGGUCGGAUGACUUCAAUUUGUACAUGUGGAAGAUACCAGAUAUGGGCGGUACGGCCAUGCCUGGAUCAACGGUGGCGCCACCUCAUAUUGUGCUGUACGGACAUAGGUCUAUAGUCAAUCAGGUUCGAUAUAACAGUCAAUAUUGCCUGAUAGCCUCUUCGGGCGUCGAAAAAAUAAUUAAGGUAUGGUCUGCCGUUGAAUAUCCGAAGAUGACCGGAAGUCUCCUGGACGAGGCACAGGGCUCAGACAAUCCAAGAGAAAUUUACAGCCAGGCGGAUUAUAUUUCGCUUGUACACCACAGUGGACAGUAUAUAACGCACAACUACGCCGAACAGUCGACGAGUGAGGACCCGCGUAUGAUGGCGUUCUUCGACUCGGUGGUACAGCGAGAGUUGGACUGUCCCGGCGAGGAGACCGACUCGCUGGAUGGCAGUAGUUCUGUGUCGCCACGCGGUCGGGACUCCGACACCAGCGACACGGAUCACAUCGUCGCAGACCUACUGCCCUUACCGCCCAAGAGAGCAUUGCCGAACGGCAACCGUAGUCAAAGGUGCCCGAACAGACUGGCCCGGCCCAUUGCUGCCCGGUACCCGAAGAACACCAGACCGAACAACAGAGGCUCCUUAAGGCGUAGCAAGGAUUCACGUUCAUGCGUAAGUAAGUUUGGCAAGAACGUGUCGGGCGCCAGCUGUAAGGGUAAACGGGCGGUUGUGCGACGGCCGCGAGGCGUGCGGCGGGUGAGCGCUCGCGUUUUGCCGGCGGGUUCUGUGUCGCGACGUUCAGCGCCCUCUAGCGAGAGAACCGAUUCCGACGAGCCGACGCACGCUAUCUAUAUGAACUCUGGAAGAAAAAUCGGGCCACUUCGUAGACGUUUGAGUGUAGCGCGGUCUUCCAAAAGGAAAACCAAACUUUCGUAUAUGCGUACCAUGAAUUUGAGAAACAGUGGAAGCCCGAUACUACGAGAAAGUGUUCAAAAUAAUUUCACAAAUUUUGAUGAUAAUUUAGCUUUACCCAGUACUAGUUCAGGGUACAGAGGGCAAACGCCAGGUUUGUUCCGGAUAGCGGAGGUGGAUUCUGAUGACGACCAGUCAGUCGGUGGUCGGCAGUCGCCGCGAAGUCAAAACCAAAAUAUUCCGGCCAAUUUAAUUAGCAUUGUGCCCACACCUGUAAAUGGUUCACGAGACAGCUUAGGCGAUUCGUUGCGAAUGGAUACACCGGCUUCUCCUCACGAGGCUCGCCAACGUACGAGCCUGCGACGGUCGCGCCGAAACGGCAGACAUACUCGCCGAUCUGACUCAAGCGAGUCACCCCCGCCGAAAGACGCGUGCGAACGCGCAUCCACUUCGCUCGCCGAGCGGCUCUCACCAAAAGGCUUCAACAGAACCGUCGCGCGGCUCAUGAAUGAAACGAAUGAGAGUGAGAUUGAGAGCAGCUGCAGCACUGAAGGUAGUCUGUGGCCUACCACUGUAUCAGAAACAGUGGACAGCGGAGGUGGCGCCGUAGCCGGAGGCAGCACGCACAAUACUCUCCCUGAAGACGACGCCUCCGACGAUCCAGAGUUCCAAAUCAUCAAAUUUAGACAGCGCGUGAAAAAGGCGCGAAGAAAUUACAGAAGUCACCUGGACUCCGAUUCUAACUGAACUGAUUGUGUAUAUUAGAUUAAGAUUAAUGUGUAUUAAUUACAUCGAAGAUAUUUAAUAUUUUAAAACGCCAAAGUUUUUAAACUACCCGCAAUAUUGUAACUUCAAUGUAAUUUUUAUAACAGGCCAUAAAAUCGUUUUUUUUUGCGAGUUUUACAUUUUGAUUAUAGCAUUUAGACGUGGUAUUACCUACAUACUGGUAAUACGCAGAGAUGUCAGACUAAAUAGAUUUACUUUCUUAAUUCAAAGAUAGGUUUUAAACGGCUUAAUUAGUCCCUUGAAUGUCAAUGAAUUUGAGGUUGUUUCUUAUUAUUUCAAUGUAUCUUUAUGUAUGGGUAUAUUUUUAUGAGGCAGUGCAGCCGAUAUUUAUACAACCUUUGUGCUGCAGAAGAGGGUUAUUCGCGCGGUUCUAAAGAAUCACUAAUACAGGGUGGACCAAAAGUCCGUUUGUAAUUUUAAUGAUGAUUAAAAAAAAACUAAUUACAGUAGAUCAAAAUUGUUUAUUGGUUUCGAUAGUAAACAAAAGGGGAAUUUAUAUCUUAAAAAUCACUUUAUCCAUAUGCAAUUCUUCAUUAUUCUGGCAUUGCUGCAAUCUAAAGCGGAAAUUUUCGAUAACAGCUUUACAUGUUUCUGUUGAGAUGUUUUGGAUUUCUGUGCGAAUACGAUCCUUUAAUUCGUCAAGAGUUACUGGGUUGGUGUUGUAAACUUUAGCCUUAAGAUAUCCCCAAAGAAAAAAAUCCAUUGGUGAUAGAUCCGGGCUACGAGGCGGACAGUUAAGGUCCCCUCUUUUCGAUAUCACCUUUUGAGCCAAAAAUGUCUCGAGCUGCCCUUAACGAGUCAUUACAUGUAUGACAAGUGGCUCCAUCUUGCUGAAACCAUGAGCGUUGAUUAAAACCAACAAAAUCCUGCAGCGCGUGAGCGAAAAAGUUUUGUAACAUGGUGAUAUACCGCUUGGAAUUCACUGUAACCGCACGUCCUCUUGAGUCUUCAAAAAAGUAUGGACCAAUAAUGCCUCUUGCUGAUAAAGCAGCCCAUACUGUCACUUUGGGUGAAUGCAGGGGUUUGGAUGCUUUAAUUUCGGAUUAGUGUCACUCCAAUAACGACAAUUUUGUCUAUUAACAUGCACAUUUAGGUGGAAGUGUGCCUCGUCUGAGAAAAAAAUGUUUGUCAAACUGGUGAAUUGCUCUACCAAUUCGUUCGCAAAUUGCAACCUAGUGGCAUGGUCCUGAGGCCUUAAUUCCUGCACCAUUUGGAUUUUAUAGGGAUGCAGACUUAAAUCUUUCUUGAGAAUGCGGUUUAAUGAUGUUCUUGGCACGUUAAGGACAGCAGACCGCUUUCGAGUUGAAAGUCCACGUUGGUCACGAACAGACGAUGUUACUCGCUCCACGUUUUCGGGGUCCCUCGACGUUCUAGGCCGGCCAGAUCGAGGUAAAUCCAUUGUUGGACCCGUCUUCUCAAACCUGAGCACCCAUUUUUUAAUUAACACACCUGAUGGAGCUUGAUUUUUGUGUCGUAUCUUGUAAUGAUUGCAAAACUUUCGUUGAGCUAAGGUCGCAGAAUCGUUGUUUCGAUAGUACUCGCGUACACAAAACGCACGUUGACUACCGCUGACCGCGCCAUGGUACUUAAUUCCCAUUGGCCGCUCAUGCAAUGCGUAACCCCUCCACACCCCUCCGCGCCGCUGCUAGACGCGGCAACCGAUUCAAAUGUUAACGGACUUUUGGUCCACCUGUAUAAUAAAUGGAUGUAUGACAUGUGAAAAGGCGAUCAACAAACACUAUAUAACACACACACGCUUAUUUAACUAUGUAACGUACGAGUGACCAUCACUAUUUCAUAUGUUUUAAUGUUUUACGUGGACCCCUAAUUCAUUUUAUAUAAUAAAACCCACCCUAGGUUUAUACUACCUGCAAUUAACAUAUGCUUUCCGGCACUGUAAGUCAGAAUUGGACCAUUAGUUUCAGAGACUAGCCGAAAUAAUAAAAAAAUAAAAUAUAUAGAUGCGUUAAAAUAUAGGUAUAUAUGCCAAAAAUGAAUGUAAGUUUGCCACAUAAAAAUACUUUGAAUUCUUAGUAUAUAUUGAAAUCUUUUAAAUUAUUAAAUACAUAAUAUGUGCUUUAAUUUUUUAGCUCGUAGAUAAUUUUUCAAUAGUUUGUCACAGCUCAAUAACAUUGUACCUAUUUUGGUGUAAUUUUAGCAAUUAUUUUCUACCAGGCGCGAACAAAACAGUAGGUAGGUUUAAGUUUCAAACAUCAUAAAUAAAAUAUUCGACUUUCACACGAAUAAUCUAGCCUAGCAUACUAUGUGUACAAGGCAAACUUAAAACAUAUAGACAUAGAAAUAACAUUUAAAUUCAUCAUAAAUAUAAAUGUUUGCAUCUACCGGUUUUCAAAUGGGUCGUCAUAUAAAUAAGACUAAAUAGGAUACUAAUUACAAGAAAAUGUAACUAAUUAAUAAUUUUGCAUUGUUAUAUAUAUCAGUCGAGGUAUCAAAAAUAAUUUAUAUAUGUGUCGCAGGUAUAUUGUCAAAGCCGUGAUAUUACAAUUUUAUUCGCUUAGAUAACAAAUAGUUGAUUACACUAAUGUAGAAGUUAAAAAUAAUGACUAGGUAUACAAGAAACAGACCAAUCAGACGGCCUCAUAAACUAGAAUCCAGUAAAAUUGUCAAAAUAUAAUUGCUUUACAUUAAUCACUACCUAUAGUGUACCCGUGACAUUACAAUGUCAGUAAAACCAGCAGUUAAAUCGUAGAUGGUAGAUUGUCGAGUCGAUUGACAAACCGUUUAAUUAUAAUAUCGCUAGUGUAAUUGUAUUAUCAAGGCUUUCAUAAUAUAAUAAAUGCAACCUAAAUAAUAUAUUCGUCAACUUCCGCCACAAUGAACCACAUUUCCGCCGCUCUGGGUACCACAACGGCUCCUCUGAGCCAUUUCAGCAAAUAUAAGGUAUGACACAUGCUUAUUACGUCUUUAUUUAUAAUAUUGCAAUCAUUUUAAUUAUCUUUUCAAAUAUUUAUGCUUAAAAGUUUUUUAAUUCACUCAAAAAAUAAAAAAACCGAACGCAUUUCGUGGUUAACAUUUUUCCAAAUAGUUAUCAAUCUUACGAGUUCGAUUGCGCUAUUUUAAAGGGCGUGUAGAGUGUAGGUUAUUAUGCGCAAUCAUACUGGCAUGUUACAAAUUGUUAACUUAUGUGUUGAAUACAUAAUUCAAUAUUACUUAGUAAAGUUUGCAUGUAGUCUGUUGAAAUGAGAACUUCUUUGAGAUUUUUAUUUAUAGCAAUUUAAUAUGCUAAUAUUCACGAAUAUAAAAUACCAAAAUUCAUUCCUGUACAAUAAAUUCAAUAACUAUGCCGACUUGUUUAUAUAAAUUGGCCAUGUCCUUUACCUACUAUGUUAUAAUAAACACUUUUAGUAUACCUACAUAAUAAAAAUUAUAACUACGAGUAAGUAAGUACAAACGACAGUUUAUCUAGAGGCACCAGUAAUUGACCACUUAAGAGCCCUGCUAAAAUGUUUUUUUAUUGAGCAUAUACAUUUAAAUUUUAGAAUAUCAGUGGAUACUUAAAGAAAAUAAUUAUACCCUUCAGAUUAAGUUUUGCUAAUAAGUCUUUCAAUUUAACAAAUCAAAAACACUUAAAAAAAUGUUGAACCAUAUUAAGUUUUUGCUUCAGUAGUUGACCAAUCAAAAUCUGAAAAAAUUUGUAGUUGACCGUAUUUACCAUCAGUAGUUGACCAUAUGAAUAAAAGCUACUGUUAUGGUAAAUAAGACCACAGAUAUGUCUUUUGGAAACUUAAUUCCACAUGAAAUCUAACUCGGGAACAGAGUAAACAUUACGCGUUUUACUGGUCUUUUUAGGUUCAUUUAUGUGGGAUGUCACAUUUUUCCACUGGUAUGGACAUCAGGUCUCUCGGGCCAUUUCCAUAAGCGACCACACUGUAUCAUUGAUGAAAUUGUUGCAAUAUGUUCAGUAACAUUAAUUAUUUUGCCAGGAUAAUACUUAUUACCGUAAGUGAAAAUAACAAAUUCAUUAAUUUGUUUUAAUAACGGCUUCCUAGAAGGUUUAAAGUUGCUUAAGUUUUCAUCUUCCGAGGAUUCUGAAACCACACUAUCUUCAGAAGAAACAUCCACACUCGAGUCAGAGCUAUCUGAAAGAAUCUUUGAUACACUUUUAUUGUGUUUAUUUUUCACCACUCUAACUUUAUUUUUCUUUAGUCCUUCAUUCUCUUCCUUCUUUCGCUGUCUUUCAGCGGCUCUUUCUAUCUUCAAUUGCUCAAGAUCCUCUCUUCUUUUUUUUGUUUUCAAAAUAUUUUUAGCACAAUUCUCUGGAGACAAUCGUUGGCAUUCUUUCCCUCACUAUCCUUUUUUUUCUUGAUUUCUUUGCAUUGCUGGAUAAAAGAAGUGCCUCUUAAAUGGACUUGGUAUUUCUUCUUGUGAAGGUCCUGCAACGUUUUCUUUAUUUAGACUGGUAGAUGCCUCUAUUACUUGGGACAGAUCUUGGUGCCUAGUAGAAUAAACUAAAACUGAAUCUGAAGCAUUUGGAUGCAAGUCACUAAUGACACGCCCAUUAUAGAAGCUUCGUCUAUAUUUCUUCCGUCAGGAACAACCUCUGGAGAAUUGAGGGAUGUUGAUAAGUUAUCAGCAAAGCAGGUUAUAUCUUGGAUACCACUCUAUAAUGUAUUUUGUCCAUUUAUCUUGUUUACUUAUGGGUUCUAAAUUUUGUCUCUCACAAAUAAAAAUUUAAACAAAUUUAAAGUGUGCCAACAUGGGAACGAGCGCAGCAUGUUGAAUAUAAGAAUAACAAACAUAAGAAAGAAAACAAAAAAGGAAAGUGUGGGUAAAACAAUUAAGCAGCUAAAAUGGCGAUAGGACAGGACAUGUGAUAAGAAGCAAACAAUAUAAAUGACAGUACAAUAUAUUCGACAUUAAAAUUCAGCGUCGAUUCGCAAAGAUCGCCCCUAAUUAGUACCUACCAUAUACCAUCAAUUCUCAGGGCGACAAUCGUAGAAUUUCCAUUCUGUGAUUUGACAGUGUGACAAUAAAUAUCUGAAACAAAGACAAUCGCUUCACACGUGAAGAAUAGUAGAUUGUUAACCGAGGGUCGAAAGAAUCAAUUCCCGAGGCUAUAGUCCGAGUAGGAAUUGAUUCUUUUACGCGUGUUAAACACUACUUUUCAUUUCGAAUAUGAGUAAAAUAAAACUUGUUGUUUAUGUUAACUAUUUAUUCAUAAUAUUAUAUGAUAAUAUAUAUAAUAUUAGUAGUACCUAUUUAAAAUGAAAUGUCAAAUUAGGACAAUUUACGUCGACUUUUUAAAUUUUAAAUUGGAACUCACCGCGUAAUUGUUGCGGCAUAAGCCGCAACGCUCGCAAAAGCGAUAACGCUCAAAGAAGUUUGCGCUAAGUUCACACUGGCUGUUUAGAAAGUCACAUGGCCGCAAUUUUUUUUAAAUUAGUUUUUUUUACAUAAAACUCUUCACAGCUGACAGCAGUUCUAUUUUCAAAGUUCAUUCCGGCCCUUAGGUGGGAAGUAAUUUGUAUAAGUUUUUCCCUCUCUAUGGCGGGAAGCAGCAUUUUCCACCCAAUAAUCAGAUCAAAACAACAUCGUGUCGGAAAGUAGUGUCGCUGCGCGGGCGUACUACAAAUACUUCUCAUAUAUAGAUGGGUACACUCUCAUCACUUCGUAAACGCGUCCUUCGUAAAGACGUACCUAAAAAUUUAAAAAACUAAGAAGAUGGUCUCAAAAUUCAAUAAACCAUAGUUAUUUUAAUUAAGCUAUGUAAGUUUGUAUCUAUUUAUAACUGAAUAUAGGUAAACUUAAGGUUGUAUUUUUAGUAGUAAUUAGAUAUGAUAACAUUCGUAAUUUUAUUCAUUAAGAUAUUAAAAUGUUUAUAAUCACUUAAACUGAAACAUGAUAUUAUAUAGAAUACUUGUAAUAUUAGGUACACUUAUGUAUAACACUGUAAAUAAAGACUUAAAACAAAUAUA